GAAGAGGAAAAAGGGUUCACAGUUCAAACAGCUAGGUAACGCUGGGAUCGUCAACACGACUGCAGGGAAGAUAUCUGAUAUAGAACCAAGUAAUGGAUUUAAACCCCGAAUCUUCUGGGACUUCUCAAGACUUCAAGGCCGAGUACAUACUGAGUAAUGUUGCAGAGGUGGUGGAGAGAAUCCUGACUUUCGUUCCCACUAAGUCCCUCCUGCGGAUAGCUAGUGUGUGCAGGCUGUGGAGGAACUGUGCUCGCAGGGUGCUGAGGACCCAGCAGAGGCUGACCUGGGUGUCAGCAUUUGGCCCAUCCCUCCCUGAUGUCCACGUUCUGUGUGGUCGUCUCUCCGAGGAGGUGGAGAAAGUGUUCCUCUUGCCUAAAACUGUCCUUGCUGUUGUGGACAGUCAUGCCUUCAACGGACAAGCAUAUUGCUACAGACAGAAUAAAGCGAAGAAGAGUCGCCACAGUCCAGACACGGUGGAGCAGCUCAACCAUCUCUUCCCCAGGAGUUGUGACGUCAUGGGCAUCUCCGCACCGGGGAUAGUGUUGACCCCUAGUGGUUCUCACUCUGGCGCCCCUGUAGAGCACCAGGACGGAGACGCCGGCUUUGCGCUCAUGUUCCCCAGCAUUGAGGGAGUCAACAUCAGGCCCUUUCACUUCUGCAGGAAGACCUUCUCCGAGGCAGCCCUACAGGAAGCAGGACUGGUGGAUAACCCCGACCUGCGCGUGGUUCUCCUGUUCGUCUAUGAAGCGUACAAGACCGGGGGCGCUCGCUUCCUGAACCAAGUGCUGGAGCCGCUGGCCAAGAGCAAAGCACUCAUCGCUGGUGGAAUCGUAGAGAACGUCUUCUCUCCCCCGAGACAAUGCUGUGGCCCGGGGGCCUACGGCGUGGUGGGCCUGGCCCUCAGCGGGCCCCGGGUGCAGGGGGCCUCUGUGCUCCUGGAGCAGGACGUGGGCACCCCCCAGGAGGCCGAGGCCACCAUCCAGCGGCUGAAGGCGGCCAGCCUCCCCGAGCGCAACACACUGGGCUUCAUGUUUGCGUGCGUGGGCCGCGGCCACAACUACUACAACAACAUGGGCAACGUGGAGGCGGACGCCUUCCGCAAGGUCUUCCCCAACACGCCCCUCUUCGGCCUGUUCGGGAACGGCGAGAUCGGCUGCGACCGCAUCGUCAAGGAGGACUACACGCUGUGCGACGGCGACGCGGAGAGUCUGCAGCACGCCUUCACCACCGUCAUGACCCUGGUGCAUCUUGGGUGAUGCCGGACUCUCACCGCACGCACACACAAACGCAAACAAACAAACAAACACACACACGGACCCCCGCCGGAGCCCAACGGCCAUCUCUAACAGACUGGACAUUCCAGUGAUUACAGGCGCAGCGAAGGCGUGCUCGUGGUCAUUCGGUCGUUCCGUUUGACACGGAAUUUCGAUGUUUUUUUUCUACAUUUUGGUAUCACUGAUGCCGGUUGUAGUGUAACACGGCAGUCUUUAAAGAAAAGAAUGCUAAAAAAAUAUACAAACUUAUGUAUAUAUUUCCCCGAUGUAUACAUAUUUAAAGCAUAUCUUCAGAUUUAGACUUCUCUGACUGGUUAACUAAGUCAGGUUAACUAGUUGGCUAAACUGGUGUUUUGUUUUUUCCAUUUCUUACACAUCAACACAUCAAAAAAACAAAAAAAACAUCCUAUUGACAUAGGCACUUAACAUGUUAUUGUUUAACAUAUGUAAAAUAGCUUUUAUUUCUAAUGAUGCCAUGUACAGACUUUAUCACACAAUGAUUAAUGUAUGCGCUCCGCCUGAAGCUAGGUUGUCGUAGCGGUACUCGCCCCUAGCUUCUAGGUUGUAUACAGGUGAGGUACUCUGUAAGGCAGGUUGUCAUGGAGACCUUGUUUUGUCAGUAUUGGUCGUGAAGGGAAAGAAUGUGGAGUCGGUAGUCCGGACAACUUGUUGAAUACAUGGUCAACGGGUGCUCUUCUUGAAAUGUGGGCCAUCUGUUUUAAGGAUGGGUCAUUCAUUUGCUUUAACAGGGUAUGUAACAAAGGGAGAACAUGAGUAUAAAGUGUGCGACUGAAAAGUUUGAAAGCCCUCUCUGAAUGGAGACGGUUUUGUUAAAGGUUGUCAUAUUUACCUUUCAUAGGUAUCAUGAAGGAUUGACAUGAUGUGUUUAGAUAUUUUCCCCCUGACCUGUUCGCUAGACAAUUUGAGGACAGGAUCAAAUUGUUUUUACUUUAAAUAUUGUCAAUAUUCAAGAGAUGCCUUUAUUUCCUAUAACAGUGCCUAAAAGCUGUUUGAUUUAUAUUGACACCUGUCAGCGGUUUCCAUUUUGUAAGAAGUGACAAUUAAAUCCAUUCAAUCGCUGCAAAACUAAUAUUGAUACAUGUGCAAUUUACGCUUUAAUUCGGUCAUAUUGUCUCUUUAUUCUUUAAAAGGGAAGCUUUAAAUUAGUAUUUCCAACGUUGGCUUCCCGAUAGCUGUAGGUAAAUAAUUUUGCAAUUAUCCAAAAUAAGUUAAUAUCUAAAAUUAACCUGCAUUUCUGAGUAUAGUGUUUCUAUCUUCAAGCCGUGUUUGGCUUGAUUGAAUAAUAUUUUUCAUGCACAUGCACUUUUCAGUAGAAUGUGCCAUAUCAACUCCUUUUGAAUUGAUCGUAGCCUACUCUCCAUUCUCCCAUGCUGUUCAUUUAUUCAAUAAAUAUAUUUUGAAUCCCA